UACUUUCGACGUGGUGGUGGUGGGCGCUGGAAUCGUGGGGUUGGCCUCUGCCCGGGAGCUCGUCCGGCGGCACCCCUCGCUCGCCUUCGCCGUGCUGGAGAAGGAGAAGGAGCUAGCUCAUCACCAGAGCGGACAUAACAGUGGUGUGAUUCACAGUGGAAUUUACUACACCCCAGGAUCUCUGAAAGCAAAGCUGUGUGUGCAGGGUGCAGCCCUCUGCUACAAAUACUGUGACCAGAAGGGGAUACCAUAUAAACAGUGCGGGAAGCUAAUUGUAGCUGUUGAACAAGAUGAAAUUCCAAGACUGAAAGCUCUGUAUGAACGAGGGCUGCAGAACAACGUCCCAGGUCUGAAACUGAUUGGAGCAAAAGAAAUACAAGCAAAAGAGCCCUUCUGCAGGGGUCUGAUGGCCCUUGAUUCUCCGUACACCGGCAUUGUGAAUUAUAAACAAGUGGCCCAGUCCUAUGCUGAAGACUUCCAGGAAGCCGGUGGGACAAUCCUGACUGAUUUUGAAGUUACAAACAUGGAGAUGGCUAAAGAAAGUUCUUCAGAAAGUGAAGAUGGACUGAAAUACCCAGUCAUUGUUAGGAACUCAAAGGGUGAGGAAAUCUCCUGUCGGCACCUUGUGACCUGUGCAGGACUGUACUCAGAUCGCCUGUCUGAGAUCAGUGGCUGCAGCCCUGAACCUCGUAUCGUUCCCUUCCGUGGAGAUUAUUUGGUGCUAAAACCAGAAAAGUGCUAUAUGGUUAAAGGAAACAUUUAUCCGGUUCCCAACCCUCGGUUCCCUUUCCUGGGAUUUCAUUUCACGCCGAGAAUGGAUGGCAGUGUUUGGCUUGGUCCCAACGCAGUCCUUGCCUUUAAGCGAGAGGGCUACAAAUUGUUUGACUUCAGCACUGGAGACUUUUUAGAUGCUGUAACAUACAGUGGGUUAUGGAAGCUCGUGCUGAGAAACCUGUCGUACGGACUGAGCGAGAUGUACAGAGCGUGUUUCCUUGGUGCGCAGGUGAAGCAGCUUCAGAAAUUCAUCCCUGAGGUCACUGUCAAUGAUGUGCUCAGGGGUCCAUCUGGAGUGAGAGCUCAAGCACUGGACAGUGAUGGAAAUUUGGUAGAUGACUUUGUAUUUGAUGGAGGCACUGGAGAUAUCGGAAGCAGAAUUCUUCAUGUCAGAAACGCCCCUUCUCCUGCUGCUACCUCCUCCCUUGCCAUCGCAGAAAUGAUUGCAGAUGAAGUGAAGCGAAGAUUUGAACUGUGA